UGUCCGAUAUAACCAAAAUCUAUUACUAUCUGGUAGUUCGAUUACACAUUCUAAUGGAUAACGCACCAGCAUCAUCGUCGUCGAAAUCGCCAAGCAGCGAUUCGCCCAAUGUCGCCGAGCCGACAGCAAUCAAAUUGCCAGAAAUUCAACUAUCUACUUUCGACGGUGCCAUCGAGAAUUGGCAUUCAUUCUAUGACGCUUUCUCGUCCAUGAUAGAUCGAAGCGAUCGACUCACUGCCACACAAAAAUUCUACUACCUUCGAUCUUCUUUAACCGGAAAGGCCGCGCGAAGCAUCCGAUCGUUGAAAGUUACGGAAAUUAAUUAUCCCAUCGCGAUUGAUAUUCUGAAGAAGAAAUUCGACUGCCACCGUCAAAUCUGCAUGCGCCACUGGGACUUGAUUUCCGAAUAUCCAAAAAUAAACAAGAAGACACCCGAAGCGAUUGACGAUUUUCUGGAGACGGUCAAGACGACAAAAAAAACGUCCGAAAAACACAAUCGACAGCAACAACACGCGCCGCGCAGUAUCACCUUCGCCACUACACAUAGGCCGACGGCGUGUCCAAGUUGCAAGGGACAACAUAAAAUAUGCUAUUGCAAUGUCUUCAAGGCGACGUCAGUCAAAAAUCGCCUUGAAAUCGUCAAAAGGGCUUCCCUCUGCACCAAUUGUCUAGGCCAAGGACACACUAUUGCCCAGUGCUCUGUCGGCUCAUGUCGCAUAUGCAGACAGCGACAUCACACAUACUUGCAUCAACACCAACGUCACGGCAAGUCACGGUCUUCGAGCGAUCGAUCGUCGAGCGACCGAUCAUCGAGCGGUCGAUCGUCGAGCGACCGAUCAUCGAGCGGACGCUCUUCACCUAGCUCACCGACUCCUCGUUCGUCACAUCGUUCGAGACGCGCGUCCACAUCGCCACGGUCGUCUUCCAAGUCGUCUACACCGGUCGUCUCACCCGGUCGUCACCCCGAACGUCACCAAAACACGAACCUCGCCCAACACGUACACAUACAACCGGAUCAAAGUCAUCGUCUAGAAAGAAAGGAAGUGACUAUCUCAGACGACUUUAAUUGGGACCGAAUCACAGAGGACCGAAUUACUGACCUCGGUUCCCUCUAA